AUGCUAAACCAUGCACGUAAACAGCAUGGGGAGGAGGGGGAGAGUGGGGUCGCGGUAAAGAGAGGGAAGGAGAGGGACGAGGUGGAAAGGAGGGAUGAGGAGAGGAGGAAAGAGGCGAAGAGGGAGGAGGAGAGGAAGGAAGCGGCAAGGAGGGAGGAGAGGAGGGAAAAGGUGAUGAAGGAAAUAGCGAGGAGGGAGGAGGAGAGGAAGGAAGCGGCGAGGAGGGAGGAGGAGAGGAAGGAAGCGGCGAGGAGGGAGGAGGAGAGGAAGGAAAAGGCGAGGAGGGAAAAGGCGAGGAGGGAAAAGGCGAGGAGGGAGGAGGCGAGGAGAGAAAAGGCGAGAAAGGAAAAGGCGAGGAGGGAGGAGAAAAGGAGGGAAAAGGAGAGGAGGGAAGAGGCGAGGAGGGAGGAGGAGAGGAAGGAAGCCGCGAGGAGGGAGGAGGAGAGGAAGGAAGCGGCGAGGAGGGAGGAGGAGAGGAAGGAAGCUGCGAGGAAGGAGGAGGAGAGGAAAGAAGGGGCGAUUAGGGAGGAGGAGAGGAAGGAAGCAGCAAGAAGGGAGGAGGAGAGGAAGCAAGCCGCGAGGAGGGAGGAGGAGAGGAAGGAAGCGGCGAGGAGGGAGGAGGAGAGGAGGGAAGAGGUUCUUAGGCAGGUAUGUGAGAAGAAAACGAGUGUUUUGAUAGGGAGAGAUGGAAGGAGAGGCGAGGAGAAGGAAGGAAAGGGGAGUAGAAGGGAGGAGAGGGAUGGUGAGGAGGAAACACCCCUUUCCCUUUUUUCAGGGGAGGGCGGCAUGGGAAGGGAAGCGAUGCAGGUUCAAGGAGAAGGCAACGCGGUCGGAGGAGGGUUGGGGACAGAGAAGAGAGCAAGAACCCAAUCCUUGCCUGCAGAGGAGCGAAACACCAUGGGAAUGGCAGCGAUGCAGUGCGAUGCAGAGAAGCAACAGGUGCAAGGGGAGGGCAACGCGGUUGGAGGAGAGAGGGGGAAAGAGGAGGGAGGAAAUCCAUUGUUACUAGGCUAUACGGGCAGCAUAAGAAGGCUAGUGAUGCCGCUUCAUGGGAAGGGCAGCGAUGGUGGGGAAGGGAGGGGGACAGCGGAAGGAGUAGAGGCACCCCUUGGUGGGAAUGAGGGUAGUUUGGGGAAGGCAGUGGUGCCAGUGCGAGGGGAGGGCAACGUUGGUGGAGAAGGGAGGAGGGAGGGAGAAGAGAAGAGGGAAGAGGAGGGAGAACAAGAGGAAGAAGAAGAAGAAGAGGAGGGAGAAGGAGAGGGAGAAGAGGAGGGAGAUAAGGAGGGAGAACCCUCUCCCCUCUGUCCCAGGGGGGAUGUCAAUGUGGGGAGUUGGGGGGUGAAUGAGUGUGAGGGAGAGAAGGGGGAAGAUGCAGCUGAACUAGAGGAGUUCACAUGCUUGCAGGAGGGGCGCAAGAGGAAAAUGCAUGGAGGAGGAGGUGUUGAGAGGGAAGGGGCUGGCUGCAGGAAAAGGCACCUGAAAGGCCACCUGAGGGAGCAGAAUAGGUACCUGAAUAGGAAGGUGCAUCAUUUUGUGGGGAGGAGAGACCGCCGAUGCAACCUGAGGAAGCACCUGAAGGCAACAGAGAAGGAGCACCUGAGGCAGGAGGACAUUCUCCUGAAGGAGGAGGCUCACCUGAGGCAGCAGGCAGUACACUCAAAGCAACAGGAGGAACACCUGCGGAAGAAAGAGCGCUUUCUGGACCAACAGAAUGAGCAGCAGGAUUUCUACCUGAAACAGAAAGAGCUGCUCCUGAGGGAACAAAAGGAGCAGCAAGAGACACACUUGAAGCAGAAAGAGUUGCUCCUGAGGGAACAGCAGGAGCAGGAGGUGUUGUAUCUGAAACAGAAAGAGGUGCUCCUGGAGGAACAGAAAGAGCGGCAGGAGAUGCACGGGAGGCAGGAGGAGGAGCUCCUGCGGCAGCAUGACGAGCACUUAAAGCAGCAGCGCGAGCACCUCAACGAUCAGGAAAAACUCCUGAAGCGCAAGGGGUGGGGUGAGGGUGGGGAGGGAGGGAGGAUGGUGGAGGAUGAAGGGAGAGGAGGGGGCGUGGUGAAGAUGGAGGGGAUGGAGAAGAGACGAGUAUAG